CAUGACAAAAACCUCCCCACCAAACACACUCACUUCUGCUUUCAGAUGUUCUGAAUAUAGACACUAACUGAAUGUCAAGUCAUCCUGAACCAGUGUGUCUGCAGUAGGAGAACAUUCCAUGCUUGUGUUUUACACAAAACCCUUCACACAUUUACUAGAAUGUUGUCAUUAACAAUUACACCUAAUUGUCACAAAGCAUGAAUGAUAAAGUGAUAUUCCAGAAGGUUCAGUCCUAACAGAAGACUCCAUGUAUCAGACAACCUCCAUGAUAGUCAGUCCCCUGGUUUACAGUAGAGACAUAUUACAUCAACAGUCAUUUAGUGAUCUACUGUUAGUUCAGAACCCCACUAUCAGGUCCAGAUAUUAUUAUCAUUAUGUUAUUAUUACACAUAUUAUGACAUGCUGAUUUUAAGAAAACUUACCAACACAACUCACAUGAAACUAAAUACUGCUAUUUUCAGUGUAACCAAAAUGAUCUCAAAUGGUUUUUGUUAGUCCAAUAUAAAAUAUAGAUAUUUUUGAUAGUUUAAUAGUUACAGUAAUAUAAAUUCAUCAGAAGUCCGUCAUUACAGAAGCUGAUAGGGUGAGAUAUAGAGGCCCCUCCCUCUGCUCCUCCCUGUCUGUCUCCUUAUAGGUGGGUUCAACAGCCUCUCCUCUCCUCACACUCCAACCCUGCUCAUCUCUCAGCUGGACAGUAAGGGCCGUUCACACCACACACUGACAACAUGCUGGGGACACUCUGCACUCUCAUCACUGCUCUAACAUGUGUCAGUGGUGUGACUGUGGUGACACAGAAGCCUCCUGUUGCGACAGUGAGGAAAGGAGAGACGGCCACUCUGGACUGUAACCUGGGGACUACGGACACUCUGGACUGUAACCUGGGGACUGUUGAUAAUAUUGCUGGUUGGUAUAAACAGGUUCCAGGAGGAGUCCCUCAGUGUGUGUUAAGGUGGUACCACACUGGUUGGAGCUCUGUAGAUUAUGGUUCUGGUUUCUCCUCUCAUAAAUUCACAUCUAAUCAUCAGUCUAAAUCAGAUUAUUGUUUGAUUAUUAACAAUGUGGAGGAGACAGACUCAGCAGUGUAUUACUGUCAGACUCAAAAUGACUCUCCUAUCACAGUGAUAAACACUGUGGUAUUCGGACAAGGAACCAAGCUCUUUGUUACUGACUCUACCCUCCCUCCGCCUGUCUUGACCAUCUUCCCUCCGUCCAGCGAUGAGUUGAAAUCCAGCAAAGUCACCCUGGUGUGUCUGGCCAGUCAGAUGGCCAUGGGCUACGCUGAUGUCAGCUGGACAGCGGGAGGGAAUCCGGUCACCGGCGGCAUCGCUACGAGUGGCCCGGUGCCGCAAGCCGACAAGACGUUUCAACUCAGCAGCUGUCUGACCGUUGACACGUCAGAAUGGAACCAGGACAAAGUGUUCUCAUGUAAAGUCACCGCGGGCUCCAAGUUCGCUGAGAAAGGCAUCAAGAAGUCUGUAUGCAGCACUGAAUAGCCUGAGAACCAUUGUAAUGUCCAGUUGAUUUUCUACAUCACUUUUCAAGAUAUUGUUAAUGCAUUAGAAGUUUAACCUGCAUAUAUACAUUAUGUUCCAUGAAAGAUAAAUAGCUAAUCACACUGAUAUCAUAGGCUAUAUGAUAAGUAGACUGUAUAUUUGAAAUGGGUUGCGUUGCAGAUGUAUAAUAGAGGAAUAGUUAGAGCUUUGCUGUAUUGUGGAUAUUAAAUAAAGAACAUUC